AUGACUACAAAAUCAGCAGUUCCCAUGUUAGUGUGCUUUCUUCAACUCUGCGUUGUAAAUGGGCAGGUAAUAUGUGAGAGGCAAAUGACAGCUGAAUGGAGAGUGGAACCAAAACCUACUGUAAUCAAAUGGACACCAAGGGCAAAUGUCUGCUCAGACUUUUACACCGAAUGCUGGAAUAUGAAUAAAAGUAUUACUGGGGAAAUCUUGGGAGGACAAAACCUCAGUAUCCCUCAGAUAUGCCCCUUACAGCUUCAAUUAGGUGAUAGUCUCUUCAUCGCUUCUGAGCCAUCCUUUCAGUCCUAUGGAAUGAACUUGGUAAACGUCUCCAAGGAAGAAUUUAUUAACUGCCCUAAAGCUGCUUUUCUUCAAGAACAGUUGAUUUUUGUUUGCCAGAUAAGAGGACUGCACCAAGUUGAUCCUAACUGGCUUGGUGUUGGAACUCAUUACUUUGCAGAACUUCAUAAGAGAGGCCCCCUAUUGUGCAAUAUGGGCCUUCGUCUGAACGUAACUGUGAAGCAGCAGUUUUGCCAACAGUCUCCAAAUGCACCAUUCUGCUCUGGGCAUGGAAAAUGUCUAAGCCAUGUUUGGGAAAAAGCGUAUAACUGCCAUUGUUUCUCACACUAUUCUGGAACAUUCUGCCAGAAGUUUGAUAUAUGCUCCACCAAACCUUGCCACAACAAUGCCUCCUGCACUGAGAAGACAGAAUUUUCUGGAGAUUCUUACGAGUGCACAUGUUCUCCAAAAUUUUCAGGUAAAAAUUGUACAGAAAUAGUUGGACAGUGCCAGCCAUCUACGUGUUUCAAUGGCAACUGCGUCAAUGUUACUCCAAAUACUUUUCUUUGUAACUGUGACAAGGGCUUUACAGGUUCAUUUUGUGAGAAACCUGGUGAUCUUUGUGAAUCUCAGCCAUGCCUAAAUGAAGGCAUAUGCCAGUAUAAUCGGUCUGGAUAUGUUUGUGUUUGCCCUUCUGGAUUUCUUGGCCACAACUGUGAAAUUGAUAUCAAUGAAUGCUCUUCAAGGCCAUGUCAGAACGGAGGCACAUGUAUUGAUUUGCCAAAUGAUGUGGCAUGUAUCUGUCUGCCAAUAUUUACUGGCAAGUUCUGUGAGAGAAUACUGAACCCGUGUGAAUUAUUGCCUUGUUUAAAUAACGCAACUUGCAUAGCUCAACAGCAGAACUACAACUGCCGCUGCAUGCCAGGAUUCACUGGAAAGAACUGUGAGGAAGUAAUUGACUACUGCGGUCUGCUCAGCAUCAACUGUCUGAAUGAAGGAUUGUGUCUUAAUAUAAUUGGAGGAUUCACUUGCCUCUGUGCACCUGGAUGGACAGGAGAAUUUUGCCAAUUUGCUGAAAAUGCAUGUUUAGUUUACCCAAAUAGUUGUUCUGAUGGAGCAACUUGCAUGGAUAUGAGCCAACGGAGAGAACAACCUUUGUUUCAGUGUUUGUGUCCUCGUGAUUUCACAGGAGAAUUCUGUGAUGUGCAAAUUGAUAACUGUGGUUCCAAUUCAUGUGAAAAUGGAGGAACAUGUAUUGCCUAUGAAGAUCAUUUUCAGUGUGCUUGCCCUGUAGGUUUUGAAGGUGAAAGAUGUGAACUCGAUAUUGAUGCCUGCCUUUUCAACAAUAUAAGCUGUGCCCCAGGAGCACUGUGUAUGGAUAAAUCUCAUGGAUUUAAUUACACAUGUUUAUCACCAUGUAUUGGAAACACAGAGGUAUGUGCAAACGGAGGUAGUUGCUUCUACGAUGAAGAAAACCAGAGACCUCACUGUGUGUGUGUUCUUGGAUGGACAGGAAAAACAUGCCUAGAGAAUAUUAAUGAGUGUGAGGUAAACCAGUGCCAACAUGGAGCCACAUGUGAAGAUGGAAUUAAUAAAUACAGGUGCAUAUGUCCCCUUGGCUACACUGGCACAUAUUGUGAACUUGAUAUAGACAAUUGCAUUGGAAAUCAGUGCUCUCAAUACGGAUUCUGCCAGGACCACUUGCAUAAUUACAGCUGUAAUUGUGUGCCCGGAUAUGAAGGUCCCUUCUGUGAAGUUGAAAUUAAUGAAUGUUUAAGUUCACCUUGCAAAAAUGGAGCUACUUGUAUGGAUUUAAGUGGCCACUUUUCUUGUCAUUGUACUGCUGGGUUCAAAGGAGAAACAUGUUCUGUUCAUGUGAAUGAAUGUCUAGACAGACCCUGUUGGAAUGGAGGAACCUGUGAAGAGGACAUAAGGGGCUUCAAAUGCAAUUGCCCGUUUGGAUUUGAAGGUCUGAACUGUGAAAUCAACUUUGAUGAGUGCACUUUUGGCUUCUGUAAAAGCAAUUCAACUUGUUUAGAUCUAGUUGCGGACUACAUAUGUGCUUGUCCUCCAGGAUUCACUGACAAAAACUGUUCCACAGAUAUUGAUGAAUGUUCCCUCAAGCCCUGCAAAAACGGAGGCCAUUGCCAUGAUUUGAUUGGUGAAUUUUACUGUAGCUGUUUGCCAGGUUUUACUGGUCAAUUCUGUGAAGCAGAUGUUGCUGCCUGCCUAUCACAGCCAUGUGGAGCCUCCAGCAUCUGUAAAGAGACAUUGGAUGGCUAUCUUUGUUUCUGUGCACCUGGCUUUAUAGGUGCAAGAUGUGAAACAGAUAUAGAUGAGUGUGCUUCAUUUCCCUGCAAGAAUGGAGCCACCUGCAUUGACCAGCCUGGUAAUUAUUUCUGCCAAUGUGUGGCUCCCUUUAAAGGUUUGAACUGUGAGUUUAGGCCUUGUGAGGCCAGCAAUCCCUGUGAGAACGGAGCUGUGUGCAUAGAAGAAAUGAAUUUGGACGUUUUUCCCCUUGGAUUCCACUGCCAGUGUGUGAAGGGCUUUGCAGGUCCACGUUGUGAGAUCAAUGUCAAUGAGUGCAGUUCUAACCCUUGCCUCCACGGAUACUGCUAUGACAUUGUCAAUGGCUUUUAUUGUUUGUGCAACCCAGGAUAUGCAGGACUGAAAUGUGACCAAGACAUUGAUGACUGCAUAGUCAAUGCUUGUGAACACAAUUCUACAUGUGUUGAUCUACAUCUGAGAUACCAAUGUGAUUGUUUGCCCGGAUGGGAAGGAACAUUUUGUGAAAAGGAAUCGAAUGAAUGUAAUUCAGAGCCUUGUAAAAACAAUGGCACUUGCAUGGAUCUUUUCAACAGCUAUCGAUGCAUAUGUACAACAGGGUGGACAGGACCAGACUGUAGUGAAGAUAUAAAUGAAUGUGAAUCUGAACCAUGCUUGAAUGGAGCCACCUGCUAUGAGUCUGUGAAGCCGGGGCAGUUUGUAUGCAUUUGUCCUCCAUUUUAUACUGGCAAUUUCUGCCACCAGCGCUUCAGUCCUUGUGAGCUGCCUUACAAUCCAUGUAUAAACAAUUCAACCUGUUUGGCACAAGUGGAUGGAAAUCCAAUGUGCAUUUGCAAAACAGGAUUUGAGGGUACUUACUGUGAAGUUAACAGUGAUGAGUGCAUCUCCCAUCCGUGCCAAAAUGAAGGUCUCUGUGUGGAUGGGAUCAACCACUACAGAUGCUCCUGCCAACAUGGCUAUACUGGGACCCUGUGUGAAGUGGAGAUCAAUGAAUGCUUAUCAAGACCCUGCAAAAACAAUGGAACUUGCCUGGAUCUUGUUAACAGAUUCAUCUGUAACUGUGCACCUGGAUACUAUGGGUCUUUGUGUGAGAUGGAUGUAAAUGAGUGUGAAACUUUGCCUUGUUUGCAUGGAGGAAGCUGCAUCAACAGGCUUGGAGGCUAUCUGUGUUUCUGUCUACCUGGAUUCACAGGUGAUAGAUGUGAAGUUAAUACAGAUGAAUGUAUGUCUUCUCCUUGCCUCAACAAUGGAAGUUGCAUUGAUGGCAUCAGUUCCUAUAGGUGUCACUGUAAGAGAGGUUUCACUGGACAAAACUGUGAGAUAAAUGUUAAUGAAUGCUUGCCAGAUCCUUGUCUUCAUGGAAGAUGUAUAGAUCUCAUUGAUGGGUAUCAAUGCUCUUGCGAAGCAGGAUGGACCAGUUCAAGAUGUGAGAUAAAUAUUAAUGAAUGCGAAUCUACUCCCUGCAUUAACGGAGGUUCUUGUCAAGAUGCAGUCAAUGCCUUUGUUUGUACUUGCCUGAGUGGGUACACUGGCAGGUUUUGUGAAGUCGAUGUUGAUGUUUGCAAUGAGCCUACACUAAACUCAGUUCUGUGUUACAAUGGAGGUGUAUGUGUUGAUGGACCUGGAAGAACUUUUCAUUGCAGGUGUCUUGCUGGAUUUUCUGGACAGUUUUGUGAAAUUGAAGUUAAUGAGUGUAAUUCAUCACCUUGUCUACAUGGCUCAACCUGUGAAGAUCACAUCAAUGGAUACACUUGUAAAUGUACACAAGGAUGGGAAGGCCUCCAUUGUGAGUUGGAUGUUGAUGAGUGCAUAUCCAACCCCUGCAUACAUGGUAUCUGUGUUCAGAAGGAACCUAGCUUUGGUUAUUCCUGUUUUUGCAAGCCAGGAUUUGUGGGACGAAGCUGUGAGCUUAAUUAUAAUGAUUGUCUUAUACAGUCCUGCUCCACUGGGUUUAUUUGUGUUGAUGGAAUAAACAAUAUCACCUGUUUACCUACUAUGCCCCAAAGCAAGAAAACUGUCACUGAAGUGGCCAGAGUGUUUCCUUCUGAAAUUUUAGACAAUGACCUUCCAUCAGCCCUGGCUGUGUCCAUGGAACUUUGGUCUAAACAUGUUUCUCCCGAUUUUCAUACAGGAGAGGUGUCCCAAGAUUUUAGUUAUGCUCGCUAUUAUGGCAAUUCUUACCUGGAAUUUCAAGGCUUACAUUUGAACAUACAAAACUUCAUCCAUCUGCAGUUCAAGACCUGUAAUCCUCAUGGACUCCUCCUAAAUAUUGAACACAGCCCAGAAACAAUACAUUUUUUAAUUCGACUUCUCAUCAAUAAUGGUACCUUACAGUACCAGUUUCUAUGUGAUGAGGCAGCAGAAGUCAAAAACAUCACUACCACUGCUAGAGUGGAUGAUGGACACCAGUAUAAUGUGCAAAUUAGGCAAAGCAUGGUACCAUGUGAAGCAGAACUGUCAAUCCUGAAGUUAUCUUCAAAUACAAGUAUAACUAGAAAUUUCUGGUCCGAUUCACAUUGGCUUAAAACAGGACCCAUAUUUGUUGGUGGUUUGCCUCAUCGUUACACAACAAAACAGAUUUCCGGACCUGUCUACAAUUUCACUGGCUGUAUACAAGUUAUAGAAAUCAAUAAUGUGGGACCUUUCAGAUUCUCUGAUGCUGUGGAAAGAAAUAAUGUUGACGAUUGCAGAAUUCCUGUGCCCACACAUCUCUCAACAGCAUUCCCUGUGGUUUCUUCUGAUGUGCCUCAGUUGCCUGAACCUGUUGUGCCCUCUCAGAUUUCCUCUGAAUUGCCAUCUGUAUGCCAGGAAGGACUGUGCCAUAAUGGAGGGACUUGUCAUCCUCUCUCUCUGCCUACUGGGGCCACCUCGUUUCGGUGUGACUGCCCACUACACUUCACUGGUCGAUUUUGUGAAAAAGACACAACGCUGUUUUUUCCAUCCUUCACUGGAAAUUCUUAUUUAGAGCUACCUUCUCUGACAUCUGUAUCUGAGACCAGGACUGCAUCUGGGCAGGAAACAAGCAAUCUGACGACUCUGUACUUGACAGUGAAAACAACUUCUCUAAAUGGCACAAUCCUUUACACUAGUGAAAGGAAUUUUGGAGAACAGUUUCUUCACUUGUAUCUUGUGGAAGGAAAACCAACCGUUCGAUUCAGCUGUGGAAACUCUCAGAACAUUCUGACUGUAUCCAUCAACCAGUCUAUUAGCAAGGGUAUACUUGUCCCUAUCACAGUAAGCUACAUGUUGCCUGUGAGCAGUCCUGAAGGUUACUGUCUGAUUGAAAUGGCUGCAGAUGGAAAUCCUCCUGUACAGCACAGACUCUCUUUCUCACCUCAAGCAUCUCAGAUCAUCUUUGGAUCAAUCUUCCUUGGAAAUGUUCCUGUUCAUGAAGAGGUUCAUCGAUGUGCUGGGCCAAUACAUGGCUAUAAAGGAUGCAUUAGGGAUUUUCAAGUUAACCACAAAGAGUUGUUCAUCAUAGAUGAGGCUCUUGGAGGGAGGAAUGUUGAGAACUGCCAUGUUCCAAUAUGUGAUUAUCAUCCAUGUCACAAUGGUGGAACCUGCACUAGUGAUGCAGAAAACUGGUAUUGUGAAUGCCCUAAACUCUACACAGGAAAACUUUGCCAGUUUGUGACUUGUGAUGAAAAUCCAUGUGGAAAUGGUGCUACGUGUUUUCCAAAGUCCAAUCGAGAUGCUGUUUGCUUGUGUCCAUAUGGAAGAUCUGGCAUCCUCUGCAGUGAAGCUAUUAAUAUUACUCAACCAAGUUUCAGUGGCACAGAUGUCUUUGGCUAUACCUCAUUCCUAGCUUAUUCUACAAUCCCAAAUAUCACCUUCUACUAUGAAUUUCGCUUGAAAUUUCAGUUGGCAAACCACGACUCAGCUUUACAAGAUAACCUGAUUUUUUUCACUGGACAGAAGGGCCAAGGUCUUAAUGGAGAUGAUUUCUUGGAGUUAGGCCUCCGUAAUGGGAGAGUGGUAUAUAGCUACAAUCUAGGUUCUGGCACAGCAACGAUCAUCAGCAAGGCACUUGAUCUGACACUCCAUAUUCAUGUCAUCCAUCUUGGCAGAAAUCUCCAAAAAGGUUGGCUGAAGGUGGAUGAUCAGAAGAAUAGAACUGUCACUUCUCCUGGGAGGCUGGUUGGACUCAAUGUCUUCAGUCAGUUUUAUUUAGGAGGUUAUCGCGAGUAUACUCCAGAACUCCUACCAAAGGGACCCAGAUUUAAAAAUGGCUUUCAAGGUUGCAUUUUUGAUGUUCAAGUUCGUACAAGCAUCAAUCAAGGGUUUAAAUCACCAGGCACUCCAGAAGGACACCCCAAUUCUGGUCGCAAUGUUGGACAAUGUAAAGAUUCCCCAUGCAGUUUAAUAAAAUGCAGAAAUGGUGGGAAGUGCAUAGAAAGGGGCUCUACUGUUUACUGUGACUGCCUCACUGGAUGGAAAGGUGCAUUUUGCACAGAAAUAGUGUCAGUAUGUGAACCUGAGCAUGAUCCUCCACAUCUGUGUAGGCAAGGUGGUACCUGUGUGCCACUGCCUAAUGGCUACACAUGUCACUGUCCUCUUGGAACAACUGGUACCUACUGUGAACAAGGUAUUUCCAUUAGUGAUCCAUCUUUCAGAAGUAAUGAAUCAUCAUGGAUGUCAUUUGCACCCUUUUAUAUUCGCCAUAAGACCCAUAUCAAACUACAGUUUCAGACUCUAUCUCCAGAUGGUAUCCUGUUUUACACUGCACAGCAGUUGGGUACUCAGUCAGGUGACUUUCUAUGUAUAUCAUUAGUAAACGGAUUUACACAGUUACGCUACAAUCUCGGAGACAAGACAGUCAUCCUACAGGCCCUUCAGAAGGUCCGUGCAAAUGGAAAUACAUGGCACUUACUCCAAGCAGGAAGAGUUGGCAAUGAAGGCUACCUGGACCUGGAUGGUAUCAACGUUACUCAAAAAGCUAGUCCUGGAAUGAAUGUACUAGACACACACACAGAUUUUUUUGUUGGAGGGGUGUCUUCCUUAAACCUUGUUAAUUCAAUGGCAGUAGAAAAUGAACCCAUAGGUUUCACUGGUUGCAUUCGAGAAAUUGUUAUAAACAACAGGGAACUGAAGCUUACUGCGACUGAUCCCAAAGACGGAGCCAACGUUGGUGACUGUGACGGAACAGUUUGUGGGUACUCAGUGUGCAAAAAUAACGGAACAUGUCAAGUUGAAAACUCAGGCUUUUCUUGUUCUUGCCCACACGAGUGGACAGGGACCACAUGCGAACAAUCUGUUCACUGUUCACAAAACAUGUGUGGGUCUCAAGCGCUCUGUAUUCCUCAACCUUCUUCAUUUUCAUAUACCUGUGUAUGUGCACUAGGCUGGUCAGGUAAGUACUGCGAUAGCAAAAUCAAAUUUUACAUAGCAAAGUUUGUUGGCAACUCCUACAUUAAAUACACAGAUUCUUAUUACAGAAAAAGAGACCUCCAGUACAGCCGCAUUUCUUUAAAUUUUACUACCAAUCAAACUGAAGGCCUAAUAGCAUGGAUAGGCAAAAGUGAAGAUGAAGAUAAUGACUUCCUUGCCAUUGGUAUUGCCAAUGCAACGUUAAAAGUUGUGGUUAAUCUUGGAGAAAGAAUCUCUGUUCCUCUAAUGCACAGAAAAUACUUCACCUGCUGUGACGGAAGAUGGCAUUUUGUUACUGUAGUUCAAAACCAAACCUGUAUGAAGGUAUAUCUUGAUGAGGAGCUAAUUCUUUUUGAAGACAUUGAUCCACAAAGAAAAUACACUGCUUUAAACUAUGGUGGCAUUUGUUAUUUUGGUGGGUUUGAAAUUGGCAGGAAAGUCAAUGUAGUCACUACAGGGCUUUUUCAGAAGGAAUUCAUUGGUAAAAUUAAAGAUGUUGUGCUCUUCCAAGAUUCCAAGAAGAUUCAGCUAAUGAAUGCAGAAGGGUACAAUGUUUAUGAUGGAAAUUCUGGAAAUUAAUUGAAAAAAUGUUCAAGACUCUGUCAAAGUGAUAAACUUCCUUUUCCUCCUGUUUCUUGUGUUAGUUGGCAGUGUAAUACUCAGAAACCAACAGAAGAAAGCUUUUCAUUAAGAAAAAAAAAGUAAUUAGGGACAAUGUUAUGUUGAGUAAUAAUAGAUAUAAGACAUGUUUUACUCCUAAAAUUACUUACUUAUACUCUUUAGUAUUUACUUUAAAAUAAUGGGAAAGUCUGCAGGAUUUUUUAUUUAUUGUGCUGGAAAUAGUUUUGUCAACAAAUAGAUAGUAAUUAGCUUACAAAGCCAACCAUCAUUCAAGUGUUUUGUUGCUUUAUGAGAACAGACAACUGUUAAC